CUCUGACAACACCCUUGGCUCCAGCCUGGUCCCCCCAGUAAAAUUGGUCUAGAACCGCCACUGGUCGUAAAGUAUUAAUAAUAAACCAAAUUCCCAUUGAGUAUAAACAUCACAAGGCUGAAAUAAAGUCUCUAUUUGAUCUUGGUAUGACCAACAGGUAUCCUAGUCGUGAGUUUUAGAUUCAUCAGGUCUCUGCUCGUGAGUGGGUGGGACCGCCAAGCCCCACGUGCUCCUUCUUGUCAGGUCCACGGCUCCUCGCGCAGCCUCACAGCUCGAAGCCACUCUCUGACGAUAGGCCGAGAGACGAGUGUGUGAUCCCGCCGCGAAGCUCGGUGUGACACUGACACAAACACACGCACACACUCAAUGACACACUGCUGGAGCCGAGCACAGGAGCCUCACCAGGGUGUUUUUCACUCACCAGAGGCGGUAAGAGGAGGCGAGAGAUGCGGGCGCCGCGUUUGAAGAAACACAGCUGUUGUAUUUGUCUUCACUGUCAACAACUGUCCAACCGCAGCUCCGCUCUCCUCUCAGUUCAUCUCACGGCGCAGCACCGAGGACAUCUCUAGGACUAUGUGAGCAUCAUGCUGGCUGUGAGAUGCCUGCUGUUCGCUGCAGUGUGUGCACGGUGCUCCGUGACAGGUCUGAGGGAGCGGGGGAGUCUGGAGGAGAGGUUGCCGCCUGCAGAAGAGUUCGUGCAGCCUAAACGGCUCCUCCAACAGAUCCACUCUCGGGAGGAGCUGCUCCACAGCCAGCUGGACACCCGAACCAAGAACUUCACAGCUGCAGCACAGCCUAUCCAUCUGGCCCAGAGCAGCUUCCUGGUAGAGGCCUUUGGCAAAUCCUUCAUCCUUGACCUGGAGCUCAACCAUAACCUCCUGUCGACAGACUACGUAGAGCGUCAUUACGAGGAAGGGAAGCUGUCACAGAAUGUGGGAGGAGAGCACUACUACCAUGGCCGAGUGCGGGGGUUGCCUGGCUCCUGGGCAGCCCUGUCCCUGCAUGGCUUACGGGGGAUGUUUUCUGAUGGGAACUUCUCGUAUGGGAUUGAACCUGUUGGCAGCGGCGAGGAGCACAGUGACCACAAUUAUCGAAUGCCGGACAUUGACCUCUUCCCACCUCCUUGUCCAGGAUGCUCUGUGAACAGCACAACUCCCGAGGUGGACACAGACAGCCACAUUGAAGGAGACUUCGAGCUGAAAGAAGGAGACAGCUGGUCUGAAGAGCAAAAGCCUGUCUUCACGAAAGGCCUGAGACGCUCAAAGAGACAAGUGCGGCGAGGCCAGCGCACCGUCCAAACUGAGACAAAGUACAUCGAGCUGAUGGUGGUCAACGACCAUGAACUGUUCGUGCAACUCCGUCGGUCGGCCACACAGGCGAAGAACUUUGCCAAAGCGGUGGUGAACAUGGCUGAUGCGAUCUACAAAGAGCAGCUCAACACUCGCAUCGUCCUGGUGGCCAUGGAAACGUGGUCGUCUGAGAACAGGAUCUCUGUGGGCGAUGAUGCCUUGCUCACCCUGCGAGACUUCAUGAAGUACAGGAAGGAGAGCAUCAAGGAGCGCUGCGAUGCUGUUCACCUCUUCUCUGGGAGGACGUUCAUGAGCAGCCGCAGCGAGGCCGCCUACAUCGGGGGCAUCUGCUCCAUCACAAGAGGUGGAGGCAUCAAUGAGUUCGGCAGUGUGGGUCCCAUGGCCAUCACACUGUGCCAGAGUCUGGGCCAGAACAUCGGCAUGCUGAGAAACAAAGAGCGGCCGGCUGCUGGAGACUGCAGGUGUCCAGAUCCAUGGCUUGGCUGUAUCAUGGAGGAUACAGGUUACUACCUGCCCAGGAAGUUCUCUCGCUGCAGUAUAGAUGAGUACCUGCGUUUCCUCCAACAGGGAGGAGGCAGCUGUCUCUUCAACAAGCCCAGCAAGUUGUUGGAUACGCCUGAAUGUGGGAAUGGAUAUGUGGAGCUGGGAGAGGAGUGUGACUGUGGAUCACUGGUGGAGUGUGCACGUCGGGGAGCCAACUGUUGUAAAAAGUGUACCCUUACCCACAAUGCCAUGUGCAGCAAUGGACUCUGCUGCAGGGACUGUAAGUACGAGCUCAGAGGCGUGACCUGCCGUGACGCUGUGAACGACUGUGACAUUCCAGAGACCUGCACAGGAGACUCCAGUCAGUGUGCUCAUAAUGUGCACAAACUGGACGGCUACAUGUGUGAUGCUGGACAGGGUCGAUGUUAUGGAGGUCGCUGCAAGACCAGAGAUGGCCAGUGCAAGACUCUCUGGGGCUACAACUCAGCUGACAGGUUCUGCUAUGAGAAGCUGAACUCUGAGGGCACAGAGAAAGGAAACUGCGGCCCAGACUCCAGUGGUCAGGGAUGGGUGCAGUGCAACAAGCAGGACGUCCUGUGCGGUUUGCUGCUGUGUACCAACCUGACAGCGAGGCCGAGGUUUGGUGAGAUGCAGGGGAAGCUCACAAGUCUGACCAUCCACCAUCAGAACAGAUACAUGGACUGCAGGGGCGGCCAUGCAGUGCUGGAUGACGGCUUGGAUCUGGGAUACGUGGAGGACGGGACGCCAUGUGGGCCGAACAUGAUGUGUUUGGAGCGCCGCUGCCUCCCUGUUACCACCUUCAACCUCAGCACCUGCCCGGGCUCCUCCACCUCACGCAUCUGCUCCCACCACGGGACUUGCAGUAAUGAGGUAAAGUGUAUCUGUGAUCCAGACUACACUGGAAAGGACUGUAGUGAGUUUGACCCGAUUCCCAUUCCCACCCCACCAGAGGGCCCAGAGAAAUACAAAGAAACAUCCGGAGGGGAAGAUCUUCGGGGAUGUAACCUGUACCUCCCUGCUGUCCUGUCUACUUUACACUGUGUCCAGCCUAAUCUGAAGAGACAAAACAAAAACAAAGAUGUCUUCCACUUUUAAGCCCUCAGACCUUUUCCGUUCUCUCCUCUAAUUUUUUUGGUAUUCUCCUCCUGGAAUGUCAAGGAUUUCUCUUUUUUUUUAACCGUGGUAAGGAAGUCCCUGGGGACAUAUUUGUACAAGAGUUUAGCAGCUGUCAGGGAUUAUCUGGUUGCAAAUUUCUAAGAAGACAUUACCUGUCUUACUUCUAAUUUUCAGCAGCCUAAACUGAAGUGUAUUUUCUCAUCUUUUUUUAACCGUGUCCACUGGUUCCAGCUGUUUUUCCAUCAGAUUGACUGUUAAUUAUUCUUUUUACUCCUUAAAGUGAUUUCCUCAAAGAAGUCUGUUCUUUUCUGAGUCUUGACUUCUUUAAGAGGAGCCUUCU